ACUGCUCCCUCCUUCCCUUCCUCACCCCUUUAAGAGAAAGGGUGCUCCCUCAUCCAGUCCAGGGCAGGCUUGAAGCAUGGAGGCUGAACUGCUCCCUCCUUCCCUCCCUCACCCCCCUAAGAGAAAGGGCGCUUCCUUUUUAUUUCCAUGCCGGGAGGUUGCAGGCUAGAUGACAAUGGAACACCUGUUAGAGCUGCUGUGUUUUAAAAAUGCAUGACUAGUUAAUCACUGGUACAAAAGGACAUGGAGUGUUGGUCAGAGUCAGGGCUCAGAGAGAAGUGUGCUCCUACCUGACAUCAACACGAACAUGGAGUUCUGCACUGCACUGCUCGUGAUUACCGUCAUGCUGCAAACCUCCUCCUGUAACUUCACAUCCAGCAACACACAGUCCACACCGACACUCCUCAGCACGACUCCAGGAAGGGGAGACAGCGCCCCCAACAGCACACAAAUGAGUAAUGCAACAAGAGGAAGACAAUCUGAGCAGAACACGGCGUUUGAAUACGACUAUGUCACGCUGCGUCUCUGGGGUCUGGUGGCUGCGGGAGUGCUGGCUUUUUUAGGGAUACUGAUUCUUAUAGCCCACAAACCAAAAUGUAGCCGUCACAGUAAAACGUUUAUAGUCCAGGAGUGGAACCCGACCCCGCGUGCUCAGCUGCUGUCAAUGCGCAGAUUGGAUAUGGAUCACUGAGGCCUGGCUGUCCAGAGGAAGGUGUCACUCUCCACUGAACCUCUGUCACACUCAAUCAGACUCAUGAUCACUGCAUUGGAACGGAAUAGGGAAUGUACUGUUAGUUUAUUUAUAAUAAUAAUAUCAAUUUGACAACACAAUGAUGUUUCAGAUCAUUUUCAUAAGGAAACACACAGCUCACAUGUUAAAGUACAAAAAUGUUAUGUCUUUAAGACACUUGUAUUUCAUCUAAAUUAUUUCAACUGUCCGCCACUAGAUGUCAGACUUUACUUCGGAAACAAAGAGAUCUAGUCACACUCAUUACCUCAUGAGGUAUUUAAAGAUGUUUGUUUCAGGUCUGUUUUGAUGGAAUAAACUGUGUUUAUAUGAAAUGAACACCACAACAGUCUAGAAGAGAACUGAUAUCAAACUUUAUUCAAAUCGAUCAUUGAUUUAAACAGCUAAGAAGCUAAAGCUUUAGCUGACCCAUUAUGAGAAAUACAGUGACUUUAUUACAGGACCAAACUUGAUAGGAAAACAUGUUCGUGCUCUCUUCUUUCAUAAGAUCACAGCAGUCUUGUUUCUCCUAAACUACGGUAUGCAUACUGUAGUUUAGAAUAUGGAUGUAUCCUAUAUGUGUUAAACAUCUCGGGACUGUAUGGGGUUGUAAAGAUGUGAGAAAAUGUAGAGCUUGGUGUUUGAGAUGUAUUUAAAACUAAGAAGUUGCCUGACAUUGUCCCAUCGCUCGUGGCAACUACAUCUACAAAUUAAAAAAAAAAAAAAAUGUCUUUGUACCUGACAGAAAUAAAAUCUUCACUGAUUGCGCCCCUGUGUUCUCUGUGUAGAUUUUGUAAGUGACAGGGAAUGGCACACUUCUCAAACAAGACAACGUUAUUGUAUUUUCUGAACAAUGAGAUGCCCAAUGACUCAGCUAGGAGUCGGCUACAUUCAAACCUUCAAAGAAAACAUCUUACUCACCACCCACAGGAAUCAUGCAGGCUUUCAGCUAUGCCCCCCAAAGCACAGCAUGCUUGGCAUUGAACUGAAUAUUCUCUUUGUAUGUCUAAAUCGCAUAGUUUAUCAGAAUCAUGCAUUUCAAUGAGGACAAGUAGAGCCCCUCUUUCUUUAC